AUGCCCGGUACACAGAAUUCCACGUUUGCCACCACAUCCUCGUCCACAUCUAAUGCAGUCUCGAGUAAUAUGAAUGCGGCCGCUCAAGUGUCUCUAGCCGAUGGCCAUACGGAACGACCACCGAACGGAACUUCUCCUGGGGUUGCAGGCUGCUCUUCUGCGGAUCCAAUGGAUUUGGAUGUUACGGCAGCACUAACGGAAUCGUCGAAUCACGAAAAACUCAUUCAUACGGAUUUUUACAAUGAUUUUGGUGAUUUAUUUGAUCAUGUCAAAUAUUGA